CGUUUGUGCCGCCCUGCAGAGAAGCUGUGGAUGGCUCCAGAGCUGCUCAGGAUGGAGUGUCCUCCUCCUCAGGGAACCCAGAAAGGAGACGUCUACAGCUUCGGCAUCAUCCUCCAGGAGGUGGCGCUUCGACGAGGAGCCUUCUACCUGGAGGGAGACCCGCUCAGCCCUAAAGAGAUCGUGGACCGCGUGAUUCUGGGGGAGUGGCCCUGCCUAAGGCCGACCAUCGACUCGCAGAGUGACCGCCCCGAGCUGGGUCAGCUGAUGGAGCGCUGCUGGGCCGAAGAGCCGACGGAGAGACCCGAGUUCAACCAGAUCCGAGUGCUGCUGCGCAAACAGAACAAGGAGUCACGGACCAACAUCCUGGACAACCUCCUGUCCCGGAUGGAGCAGUACGCCAACAACCUGGAGGAGCUGGUGGAGGAGCGAACGCAGGCGUACCACGAGGAGAAACGCAAGGCCGAAGCCCUGCUGUACCAGAUACUACCACAUUCGGUGGCCGAGCAGCUGAAGCGUGGAGAGACGGUUCAGGCUGAAGCCUUCGACUCGGUCACCAUCUACUUCAGCGACAUCGUGGGCUUCACCACCAUCUCCGCAGAGAGCACGCCGAUGGAGGUGGUGACACUGCUCAACGACCUCUACACCUGCUUCGACGCCAUCAUCGACAACUUUGACGUUUACAAGGUGGAGACCAUCGGCGACGCCUACAUGGUGGUGUCGGGGCUGCCGGUGAGGAACGGGAAGCUGCACGGCCGAGAGAUCGCCCGCAUGGCGCUCGCCCUGCUGGACGCCGUCAGAGCCUUCAAGAUCCGCCAUCGACCCGAGCAACAGCUAAAGCUGAGGAUCGGCAUUCACAGCGGUCCCGUGUGUGCGGGCGUGGUUGGUCUGAAGAUGCCUCGGUACUGCCUGUUUGGCGACACCGUCAACACGUCAUCACGUAUGGAGUCCACUGGCGAAGCGCUGAAGAUCCACGUGUCGGCGGCGACUCGAGACGUUCUGCUAGAGUUCAACUGCUUUCAGCUGGAGCUCCGAGGGGAAAUCGACAUCAAGGGCAAAGGGAAGAUGACCACCUAUUGGCUGCUGGGAGAGAGCGACAGCCAAUGACAAAGCACUGUCAACAGGAGGACGACAGGAGAGGACGGAAGAAACGAGGAAAGGAACUGAGGAGUGAAUAAGGGGUAACACCGCUACAGAUGAGGGGACGAGGAAAGGACAGAAGGGAGCGCAGCUUGAAGGAAAGGAGGACUCACUCGAGCGCUCCCCGCCUCCUUGCUGCUUCCCAUCUCCGAGCAGAAGGACUUUGGAUGGAUUGGGACUGUCGGACGAGAGGAAGUGACACGGGAACGGAGGCACACGAGGACCCGGACUCUCCUCACACUCGGAUCAAAAGUGUCCUGCUUUCCGGUCCUGGAAAAAGAGUUUUUCGCCGUCGUCCCGCUGGUACUCCGAGCAGUUUGUCUCUCCACGCUGACGUUCACCAUGCUGCCUCUUCUUCACUUUUAUGUGGCCCUGCAUUCAUCAUCUUCAUUUCCUGUCCCUGCUGUCACUGGAGGAGGGGCACCUGGACAGAGCGCCGCCAUGCUAAGAUGGUGAGGCUAAGGCUAGCCAGCAGGUUUGAACCUGGAACCUCGUUGCUGUGAGUCAGCGGCGCUAACCAUUAACGUGGGGUGUAAUCUGAGCUCAGUACUGCCCCUGAGGCCAGACACAGGAAGCACCCACACCACAGCAGAGAGACGCUGUUUGUCCUGCCUGAGAAGCAAACACAGCUUCUGUGGGAGGAACAUCUGUGCUGUAGCCCCUCCCACAACCUCUGACGUCAGCGGCUGCGGCUUUGAGCACGUUUAUUUGGUGGAGCCGCACAUUUAAGAUGACCUCCUCCACAGUGAGGGUGAGACAGCGUAAAGUGCAACGUUAAAAAUGCAGAGCUGCUCUGAUUCUAGCGAGUAAAGACCAGAAGAGCCUGAACCUGCAGGGACCGACGGGAGCGCUUUAUAUACCUGCAAAAACAACCACGCUAACGUCCUCCUGCUUCCUCUUUGCCUCUUGUUUUCAUGUGACGUCCAUGACAGGAAGAACACCUGAUAGGGCAGAAAAGCAGGAAGUGAUGUGGGUUAGCUUCCUCGGGGGAGACUCGGCACAGCUGAGCUGACGGAGGCUGUUCAGCAGUUUGCUCUCUGUAUAUAAAUCAGUUUCACUGCAGUGAAGUCGAGUUUGUUUCACCUGAUUUUGUUCGAUAUCCCGACGGGACGAACACAUCGGAUCGGCCAGAGAGACAAAGGAGUCAAUCUAAUCUGUGAACUACAGCGUUCUCCAAAUAUCAUCAGUGAGGAAAAAACGGUCAAAGUUUCAGAAGCAUCAGUGUUUUUAUCACACAUGGUGAAGUGAGGAGUGAGCGCGGGCCCUCAGCUGCGUGCUGUCUGUUUGCAUCCCUGCAGCCAGGAGCUCCUGACUCAGGCUCGUAUACCACAGAGGACGCUGUGCAUCAGAAAAACGCUGAAGCUAAAAACAAAGCGCUGAGUUUGGGGACUGUUCUUCAAUAAGCGACCAGAUCAGCGUACGUCACCUCGCAACGAUCAAAGAAUCAACAUGGAAACCGCGCUGCCGUUUCAGAGCCCGAGAGGAACAAAAGACUGCAGAGCUGCAACGUGUCCGAGCACACCGUCGUCUUCUGCAGCUGCUCUACAGCAAACGCACAUCUGUGAGGCGCCGUCACAAACAGCUGGAGAACAUCAGAGACUUUCACCAAUCAGUGUUGAAUGGAUCAUUGUAACAUCUGCACAUGUUUCAGAUCAUUUAAAGUAAUUUAUAUUCUGUUUGUUGAAACUAGAUCAAUGUAUUUUAAUCCCACCAUCGUCUGAAUAAAAGCCUCGAGCUGUG